AUGGCACCUGAAUUAUUUUACAAGAACAUUGGAGGGAUAUCACAUAAAGCUGAUGUUUAUAGUAUUGGGAUGCUGUUCAUGGAAAUGGCAGGGAGGAGGAAGAACUUGAAUGUUAUUGAGCAUUCUUGGCAAACCCAUUUUGCCAAAUGGGUUUAUGACCAAUUUGAAGAAUCCAUAGAAGUGAGUGGUACCACUGGAGAGGAAAGGGAAAUUGCGAUGAAGAUGAUUGUUGCAGCUUCGUAUUGCAUACAAAUGAAUCCUAGUGAUCCAACCUCAAUGAAGAAAGUGAUAGAGAUGCUCGAGGGAGAAAUUGAACUCCAAGUGGCUUUUCCACCGUACCAACCCUCUAUAACUUGGAAAGGGAUUCCAAAAGGGGAUGUUGAAUUGUUGAUAUAUAAUUGGUCUGAAGCUAAAUUUGUAUUGGGUACACCUUUCGUUUUAAUAUUCUUGAUUCUUCGAUGGAGAAGAAGGCAUCAAUCUUAUGAUGACAAUGUCGAGGACUUCCUCCGAAAUAAUAGUAACCUGAUGCCCAUCAAGUACUCUUACUCAGAGAUCAAGAAAAUGACCAACGGCUUCAAACACAAGUUAGGUGAAGGAGGCUAUGGCUAUGUGUAUAAAGGUAAGCUUCGAAGCAAUCGCGAUGUAGCCAUCAAGUUACUGGCAAAGUCCAAAGCCAAUAAUGCACAAGAUUUCAUAAGCGAAGUUGCCACUAUUGGCAGGAUUCAUCAUGUCAAUGUGGUGCAGCUGAUUGGAUUUUGUACUGAAAGAAAUAAGCGAGCUCUUGUUUAUGAAUUUAUGUCUAAUGGAUCUCUCGACAAGUACAUAUUCUUGGAGAGACAAGGGAAUGUGCCCAUCAAUUAUGACAAAAUAUUUAACAUUUCUCUUGGAGUUGCCCGAGGAAUUGAAUAUUUACAUCGAGGAUGUGACGUGCAAAUUUUACACUUUGAUAUCAAACCUCACAAUAUCCUUCUUGAUGAAAAUUUUAAUCCAAAGAUUUCGGAUUUCGGAUUGGCUAAGUUGUACCCAUUAGAUAAUAGUGUUGUGUCUCUGACAAAUGCAAGAGGAACACUUGGAUACAUGGCUCCUGAAUUCUUGUACAAGAACAUUGGAGGAAUAUCACACAAAGCUGAUGUUUAUAGUUUUGGGAUGCUACUCAUGGAAAUGGCUGGCAGAAGGAAGAACUCGAAUGUCAUUGAGCAUUCCUGGCAGACCUAUUUUGCUAAAUGGGUUUAUGAUCAAUUUGAGGAAUCAAUAGAGGGGAGCAAUAUCUCAGAUGAGGAAAGAGGAAUUGCAAAGAAGAUGAUUAUAAUAGCUUCACAUUGCAUACAAAUGUAUCCUAAUGAUCGACCCUCGAUGAAGAAUGUGUUAGAGAUGCUUGAAGGAGAAAUGGAGCUUCAAGAGGCUCUUCCUCCCUAAAUUUAUGUAACUUGGUGAGAGAUUUCAGAAAAAAAUGUUGCUGUUACUGACAAUUCGUGUUUCUAUUAAGUUACUUGCAAAUAAGUAAAACUAGCAUUAUGGUUCGUAUCUUUAAUGUUUUCUGAAAUA